UUCUCUGUGGGCACGUAGUCCAAAGAACAAUGAAACGCGCUCCGAUAAAGGAGGGUGGGAGAGAGAUGAGGAAGAUGGAGAAGAAUCAACACACAAAUCCAAAAACAUAACCUUCCUCCUCCUCCUCCUCCUCCUCCUCUCCCUCCUGAACAUCCUGCCGUUUCUGUCAUUUUCCUCUCUGUUUCUUUCCUGGAAACAGAGAGAAAAAAAAAUCAUCUUUUUUUCCUCUGUUUUCGCCGGAAAGAUAGAUCUUUGUGAAUAGGUCACGUGGCUCAUCGUUGUACUUGUUUCCCGCAAUUCAAUCGAAGAAUGAUUCAAAGGUUCUUGCUUUCGUCGUUGUAUCUUUAGCAUCUGAGGCUGUUACAACAAGACACCAUGGAUUCUGAGUUGAAGUUUUCUUCGAGAGACGUUGUGAAACGCUGUGACUACUCCCUCGAGGCAUCAUCUUCUUCUUCUUCUUCAGAGCCUUUGAGCAGAACGGUGAAAAGAAAGCUCAACGACUUCUUGCUACGCGGCUCUUCUUCUGAUUCAUCAUCAAACGCAAAGUCACUAGUCGAAAACGAAUGCGCUGCUCUCCUCGAGGAUCUUUCUUCCCAAAGGCAGACAGUGAAAGAUCUCCACUUGGAGCUCGAAGAAGAGAGGAAAGCCGCUGCGUCAGCAGCCAACGAGACGAUGUCGAUGAUACUUAGGCUCCAGAGAGAAAAGGCUGAGAUACAGAUGGAAGCUCGGCAGUUCAAAGCCUUUGCCGAGGAGAAGAUGACGCAUGACCAAGAAAAGCUUUUGGUUCUGGAGGAGCUCUUGUACGAGAAAGAGCUAGCUAUUGAGACUUUGACUUAUGAGGUUGAAGCUUACAAGGAUAAGCUGUUGAGCUAUGGGCUAACAGAAGGAGAGAUUCAUGAUGAGAUACUUGGCUUUGGGAGAGACUCUAGCACGGUCGGUGUUGAUGUUUACCCUUGUGAGUAUAGUGUGGUGGAUGAUCAGUCUCCGAGAUGGCCUUACUAUGAUCCAAACUCGCCUUUGGGAACUGCGAAGGAGAUAAAGGGGACAGAGUUUUGUGCAGACUCUCCUAUGUCUAGUGGCGGUGACAGAGUUUAUACUAUUGACUCGAUUCAUGUGGGAGUUUCUGAAGUUAAGAUUGUGGACGAGCCUAGUAGGUUGAGUAAGGGGAAGCUGAAUGGUGAUCAUUGGGAUUCUCCGAGGAACCAUGAAGAACCGGUGAUGAUGAUGAUGAGUCAGCAAGGAGGUAACGAGCCGGGUAUUGAGAAGCUUUACACAAGGCUUCAAGCGCUUGAGGCUGAUAGGGAAUCACUGAGGCAGAUCAUUGUGUCGAUGCGGACAGAUAAAGCUCAGUUGGUGUUGUUGAAGGAAUACGCACAGCGUUUAUCAAAGGAAACUGUCACGACAGAAAGGCGAAACCUGGUUAGCAAAAUGCCAUCUUUCAAAGGAGUCUCUGUAGUAACGGCCUUCAAGUGGAUGGUGUCUUUUGUUUCUUGGAGAAGGAAAGCCAAGCGAAACAAGUAUGUGUAUGAUAUGUCAGCAAACAAUAUGGGGAUGCUUAUGAUUCUAGGGGAGGGGUCUCGAAGUAGGAGAUGGAGUUGUUUAACAAGUUCACAUGUCUAGAUUAUCCAUUCUUUUUUCUCUCUUGUGCAAUAGUUAGUGCAAACUAUUGAAUGUAUAUUUCUCUUUAUUGCAAGACAUGUAUGGAUGGUCCAGAUUCUGGCUGAAUAUAUCAAAUCAAAU